AUGAGCGGGCAUUUGGAUGCAUCUGGCCUGAAAGACAGGUCGAUCAUUGUCACAGGAGGUGCUUCGGGCAUAGGGCUCGCAGCCGUCACACGGUUCGCCGAAGGGGGGGCCUAUGUCACGAUCGCCGACGUUCAAGAUGCUGUCGGGAACAAGGUGGCUGCCGACCUCAAUGCCAAAGGCUGUCAUGUCUCCUUCGUCCACUGUGACACGAGCGAUUGGGAGUCGAGUGUCGCUGCGUUCAAACACGCCGCUUCCUUCGGUCCAAGUAAAUCUCUGGACGUCGCAAUUCUGAAUGCCGGCAUAGAGGGCGACAGGGGCAGCCUGACAGAUCAGGUCCUGGCAGCUCCUGAGCCUUCGUUGGACCCGGAUGUCAUCCCAACACGACCAACACGCAAAGGAGCGGCUGUGAACUUUUUGGGGAUUUACGACAAUUGCUGGUUGGCAUUGCACUAUAUGCGUCUGCCGUCAAAAGUCGAUUCAGCGAAUGCACAGCACAAAACAAUAGUCCUUACUGCCUCUUUGGCAGCUUAUGGUGAUAUGCCGGCCUCUUCGGAUUAUAAUGCUUCAAAGUUUGCCGUCCGAGGCCUCUUCCGAGGUCUUCGGCACACGACUGCUGCGCUCAAUGUCCACUUGAACCUGCUCGCACCUUACUGGAUCAAUACACCCCUCGUUCAGUCGGUUUUACCAACAUUGGAAAAGCAGGGAGUGAAGCCAGGCCAGGGAUUUUCGUGGGCCAGCGUCGAGUAUGUGGUCGAUGCGAUGGUUAGGUCUGCCACCGACCCAAAUGUGGGCGGCAAAGCCUGGGGAAUCUGGCCAGAGGGCUACUCUGACAUGGGAGAAGACGAGGCCGGAGGCUGGGCUGGCGAUCAUAUGCGGAAGCACUGGGAAAUUCAAAGGCAAAAGGGCGACAUUAUGCUGUGA